UAUAUCAAAGAGUAUAUGCUGGCGCUAAGAAAUAAACAGAAAUAAAAACCCAAGUUACUUAAGUAGUGGCGGCAGUGGCAGUGACCAUCCAUUUUAAUAAAAGUCCGUUCAGAAUCAUGUAAAUAAUAUAGUUAUAUCUAAUGGAAAAAGGAACUGAAAUGUAAAUUAGAUGUUUUCUACUGGUUCUAUACCUCCAAAAUUGCACACUGAUUGUGUUUUUUUUAAGAACAGAGCUGUAUAGAGAAUCCUAAAAUAUUCAAAUAAACUAAUAAAAUUGCCAUGUACGUAAUGUUAAUUGGAUCGUGGCGUAAAAAGAAUAGGUUCGAUAAAAAAGAACAUGUAUUGACUGUUCAUGUUGACAGUACAUCGAGUGCAUUGGACUGCAUUGGUUAAGAUUGUGGAAAACGAAGGAAUUUGUGGUUUCUGGUGCACUCUCAAUUGCUUUGUAUUGACAUAAUUAUGAACUAAUUAUGGCUGACAAACUUAAAAUACUGGUUUGUGGUGAUGUUGAUGGAAAAUUUAAAACACUUUUUACCAGAGUGGAAAACAUAAACAAAAAGAGUGGCCCCUUUGACUUUUUGUUAUGUGUUGGUAAUUUUUUUGGUCACGGAGACGCAUGGGAGCCCUACUCUAAUGGAUCACUGAGAGUUCCUCUUCCAGUAUAUGUCCUAGGUCCAAAUGGAGAAGAAUUUGUGAAAUAUUACCCUGACAUUACUGGUGGUGAACUCUGCCCUAAUGUCUCAUAUGUUGGAAAAAGAGGUGUUUUCACUGGACUGUCAGGACUGAAGAUGGCUUAUGUAAGUGGGAAACCCAGUUCCGAGGAAAAUGAGAAUGAUUGCACUUUUACCAAAAAUGAUGUAACAGCAGUUCGGGAUAUUUGCUUACGAAGCAAUUCCAAUUUUAAAGGAGUUGAUAUCCUGGCAACUUCUGGAUGGCCUCAAAAUGUGAUGAAUUUGGAUCUUAGACAGGGUAUGAGGCAUCCAAAUGGUUCUCCUUUAUUGUCAUGGCUAGCUUCUGAAAUAAAGCCAAGAUACCAUUUCUGUGCUCAAGAAGGCAUUUUCUAUGAAAGACGUCCAUACAGAAAUCACAGUCAAUUGGGAGAUACACCUUCUCAUGCUACACGAUUCAUUGCUCUGGCAAAAGUUGGAAAUCCUCAGAAAGAUAAGUGGAUUUAUGCUCUAAACAUUGAUCCCAUAGACAGGAUGAAAUCCAAUGUAUUGUAUCAACAGACUACAGAUGAAACGGAAUGUCCCUAUGGAAUGGAAAUGUUGUUACAAAUAGUGAGACCACAAUCAGAAGUAAAACAGACUCAGUUCUUUUAUGACAUGGACAAUACCAAUGGUGAUUUUACCAGAAGAAAACGACAUAAAAGAGAUGAUGAUUUUAAACCAAAACGCAGACCCCCACCUGUAUUUGAUCAAGCAUUAUGUUGGUUUUGUUUAGCAAGUCCUGAAGUUGAAAAACAUCUAAUCGUCAGUAUUGGAAGUGAGGCGUAUUUGGCAGUUGCAAAAGGAGCUUUGGUCCCUGAUCAUGUAUUAAUAUUACCUAUUGGUCACCAUCAGUCAUCAUCAUGUGUGCCUGAUAAUGUUCUUAAAGAAAUUGAACAACAGAAAGGCAAAAUUCCUGUGAUAUUCGAGAGAAAUUACAAGACUUCACACCUACAGAUUCAAGUUGUGCCUGUAUCAUCAAAACUUUUACCAAGAUUGAAAAAUGAGUUUCAGGAAAAGGCUGAAGCUGAAGGUUUUCAUUUGGAUGAAUUGCCUGAAUAUGCAAAAUUAAGUCAGAUAGCUCCAGCUGGCACUCCAUACUUUUAUGUUGAACUGCCUGAUGGUGAUAAACUGUUCCACAGAAUUCAAAAAUCAUUCCCACUGCAGUUCGGAAGAGAUGUUCUAGCAAGUGAAUAUGUACUGAACAUGCCAGAUAGAAGUGACUGGAAAGAUUGUAAAGUGUCGAAAGAAGAGGAGACCACAAUGACUAACAAUUUUCGUUCAUCUUUUGAGGAAUUUGACUUUACUUUGUGAAGAAAUGUAUAGUACUCUAGAAGUGAGAAUUUUGUGGAUAGUUCACAUGCAUACAAGAUCUGUGUUUUUUAAUGGGUUUUUACUUCAUUGUAUUAGCAAGUUUUAUGUGGAAUUGUACCAUUUUAAAUACAUUAAGAUAUUUGCUAAUUUUGACUUUUCCUUUCAUCUCUCAUUUCUACUAGCACUACCAUAACAAAUAGCAGAGAGUGUGCUGGCUUCAGUGUUACACAAGGGACUGCUGCAUCAUACUUCAGUAGCAAUGGGCAUUUAAGUUAAUUCAUUUGCAGCAUUUACCAUUCUUUGUGAACUUGUACAAAAUGUGUGUUGGAAGGUGAAUUUUCUGUCAACACAAAUUACUACUACAUAGACCAAUCGGAAACAGUUGCAUGAAAUUAUUCUAUCUUGAAAAUUUUGAUGGCAAAUUGUGAACAACCCUUCGUCCAUGGAUUAUUUUAAACUUUAAAAGAAAUCAGAUCACAUUUUCAUAUCUUUAACUUACAGCAGAAUAGGAAAGCCUUGCCAUCUUUAGGGAAUUUCAAUUAAAAUUGUAUGUUGGCAGUUUCCUGCCAGUUACUACUUUUACAAAUAGUAUUAAUCAUAACAUUUAUAUUUUUGCAUAUAUUCAAUAAUUAAUUUCAAACUGUAUUGAUAUGAUUAUCAGGCUAUUAUUAGCAUUGGAUUUACCAAUGAAUCAACACAAUGAAUCGUAGUAGCUGUUAAUGUUAUACUCCCGUUUAAAAAUUCCCAACACCAAAUUGCCUAGUAUACAACAAGUAUUACUUCCAUAUGGGAUGUGAACAAGUAAUAUUGCAAUUUCAAGUAUUUUAUGUUACAAUAUCUACAACUAUUUAUUUCCAUUUUACAUUUAUUUACAACAAAUUUAUUCUCAGAUAAAACAGGUUAAUUUCUUGCUGGGCUACUU